UCUAGACGCUAAAAGAUGGCUAGCCCGCGGAGCAGGAAAGCUCCCACAGAAAAGGAAAAGGAUCAACUGGUUUGCGUCUCGGGGGAUGCCAGGGCGCAGCUUAUCUCACGGAUACCCCGCGAGUUGGACAACUUCUGGCGCAUGGAUCCGCGCGUGCCGGGUGGCCUGCUGAACGGCCACGCCUACCUCAGUUCGCCCAUUUUGAACAAAUCGCUGGCCUUCAGCGACUACGAGCGGCGAGUGAUGUCCAUUCACGGCAUGCUGCCGGUGGCAGUGCGCACCAUGGACGAGCAGGUGGCCGCCUGCAAGAUGCUCCUCAAUCAGAUGACCACCCGGACACAGCAGUUCAUGUAUCUGCGCAAUCUUGGAGGCACCAAUCGGCGGCUAUUCUACCGCCUGCUGGAGACCAACUGGAACACCUAUAUGCCAGUGCUGGAGAGCUCGGAGACGGACUUUCUGAUCAAGCUUCACAGUUUGUUCUUCCACAAACCGCAGGGCAUGUACAUCACGAUCAAGGAUCUGGGCCAUGUGGGUCAGAUGCUGCGGAAUUGGCCACGUCGCACCGUGCGCUGUGUGAUGGUCAGCAACGGCGCCUCUGUGCUUAGCAUCGGUGACUAUGGCAUCAACUCCAUGGCCGUUCUAUUGUCCAUUUUGCAUCAGAAUGUCAUCUUGGGCGGCAUACAUCCGGACUUCUGUCUGCCCCUGGUGCUGGACGUGGGCACCGACAACGAGGAGCUGCUGCAGGAUCCCCUGUACAUGGGUCUGCGCGAGCAUCGUACAUCCCACUUGAAAUUCCACCAGCUCUUUGACGAAUUCGCACUGUCCGUGCUGCAGCAGUUUGGCUCGCGAACGACCAUCCUGUGCAAGAACUUUGAUGCCCACAAUGCCAUCUACCAGCUGGAGAAGUACCGAGAGUUGCAGUGCUUCAUGGACAUUGACUUCCAGUGCCAGGGGGCCUGCGGCCUGUCCGGCGUGGUUGUGGCCAAUCGUCUGAAGAGAAUGCAAUUCAAGUGCAACACUUUCCUCUUCUAUGGCACCCAUGCCAUGAACAUUGGCAUGGCCCGCCUAUGCCUUGCCCUCUUCAAGAAGGAGGGUCUGAUCGAGGGCACAGCACGGGAGCGCAUUUGGUUCUUCGACAACAAGGGCCUGGUGGUGGGCAAUCGAAAGGGCAUACCCGCGGUGCUGCGCGAGUUCAUCAACUGUGGGAAGCCAACCACGGAUCUGGCGGAGGCCAUUGACCAGAUACGCCCCAAUGUCUUGGUCGGUGGCGGCGGGCAGCCGAAUGUCUUCACCAAGGAGGUGCUGCGCGCCAUGGAGCGGAGCGCCGAGCAGCCCAUCAUCUUUGCCAUGUCGCGGCCCAUCGAAAAUGCCGAGUGCUCCGCCGAGGAUGCCUUCACCUACACCAAGGGUCGGUGUAUCUUCAUCACGGGCUCGUCGCUGCCGCGUGUGAAGUAUGCCAACAAAUGGUACCAGCCGGGACGCAGCAACAGCAUCUAUCUGCAGCCGGGCAUUUUGCAGGGCAUCCUGCUGUCGGGCAUGACCACCGUGCCGGAUGAGACCUUCCUGGUGGCCGCCGAACGCUUGGCCUGGCUCGUCUGGCCCGACGACUUGGCCCAGCGCAAUGUUUACCCACCGAUACGGAAGAUUCAGUGCAUCAAUCAGCGCAUCGCAGAGGCCGUCUUUCUCUAUGCCUACCGCAAGGGUUUGGCCACGCUCUGGCCAGAGCCGAACAAUCCCACCGAGUACAUCAAGAGCCAAAAGUACGACUCCAGCUAUCGGACGGUGGCCAGUGAAGUGUACUGCAUGGAGGAUAGUGUAAUUUCCACAACCGAAUCCCACAAAUAUUACAAGGAGAACGCAUAGAUUCCACAAUUUGUUUGCCCG